AUGGUACAGCUUCCGCCAGAACUCUGGGAGGAAAUCACGAAAUACAACGCCAUCAAUGUCCCUCCACCUCGCAUGUUCUUGACGUCUGUCUAUCCACCCACUGCGUUGCAUGAAUAUCCCAGCGCAUACGAAAGCGUAAGCGGGCAAGACCUGCUAUGGCUCAAAACUGUGUCCACUCUCUCCCAAGUCGACAGACGUCUUCGCUACAUGUACCGGGGCGAAUGUCCGGUCAAUUGUCUGGUGGUAACGGAGGUGGACAUCCGCGACAAACGAGCUCAGCUUGAAGCCUUGAACCCAUCGGCUAUCUGCGUGCGACAUCUUAUGAUCGUUCUCUCUUCGCCGCCAUGCGGUCAUGGAGAAGACGCCUAUGCUGGAACUGCAAGGGAACUGUAUCUCGACCUUCUCGCGAUCGUGCGCUGCCUUCGUCGUCUCACCGUCGUCACGCUCUCCGUACUGAAUGGGCAGUGCAAACAUAAUGACUGCAUCGAUGGGCAACCACUCUAUUUCGUCGACGCAUUCCAAGAGCGCGUGCUUCUGCGCCAGGCCCUAGUGGACGCCCAGCUGCAGCGAUUGCAAUUCUUAGAGGGAGCGCAGGCGCUCCUUCCGCCAGUGGAACUUACUCGUCUGAUUAAUGGCUCCAGUAGCCUGCGUGUCGCCUCGUUCUCUCAACGAUACGACUACAUCACCUGGAAAGGGUCAGAUCACUACACGGGCUUGACACGAACCACUCGCCUUCGAGUUCAUCUCGAUACCAUUCCAAACCCCCUUUACAUUGCUCUGCCUACGCAACGCAACGCCCUUCUGGAGUUGUCAGAUCCCUACAUCACCCCACGCAAAGUCAACUGUCUGGUCGUCGAUGCCACGGUGGGCCAAGACUUGCGUCAUCUCAUACACAGCAAUUAUGAGAUACGCAGUUUAGCGCUUCACAACCUCAGUUACGGGCAUGACUUGCUACGCGAAGCGCUGCGUGAUCUCCCGUCUAGUGCCUUGGAAGAGCUAUGCAUCGUCGCACCUCUUCCCGUUCUUAUGCGUCUAGGCGAUAGAUUGCAAUGGGUACUCGCCCCGAAGCUCUCAUUGGCAAUCCCAGCGCGCGUAGCGGGUCUAAAUCCGCCGUCGGUCGAAACGCUGCCGUGGGCGCGUCUUUUACGCUUGAUGGAGAUGUUGCUCGCGUUAGAGGACCACCCACGAUGUGGCAUAAAGUCCGUACGAUUUCCUCAGCAGAGGUUGGCCAAACGUCUCCGCGAGGAGAUCGCAACACGUGCAGUUCUACGAGCAACAGUCAGGGCGUCGCCGGUUCGUUUCGUCGAUGAAGAAGGAUCGGCUUUAGACGUUUAA